GCUUGAUGGAGGCAUGCCAUUUGACAGUGAUGAGUUUGGUUCUGGUAUCAAUUGUGAUGUUGUUAUUUGGCCAUUGCCAUGCUGAUACCAAUGUGAGUGCUGGGACUGAGUGCUCAGAAGCAGAUAAUUCAACACUUGAGAACUCAUUCCAGACCAAUCUAAACAAUCUUCUGGAUUCACUUUCAUCAAAUGUGCCUCUCAACAAUGGCUUCUACAGAGCCACAAUGGGUAAAAGUUCCCACAAGAUUUAUGGCCUGGUGCAAUGUAGAGGUGAUGUUUCAGCCAGAGAUUGUGCUAACUGCACCAAGGAGUCUGUUGCGGUAGCCUUGCAUCAAUGCUCAAAGAGCAAGCAAGUUGGGGUUUGGUUCACAUGGUGUUUCCUGCGAUAUUCGGAUGAGAAUUUCUUUGGUGUUGUGGAACCAAGUUUUGCAGCCAUUGACUAUGGGGCUGAUUUUGAUGAUCCAGUUGUGGUUUCAAAAGGACUUGCAUUCAUGGGUGGGCUAAUAUCUGGAGCUCCAAAGCAGCGGCUGAUGUUCCAGAUGGCGGUGUUGGAUGUUGGAGAAAGUGGGAACAGGUAUGGCAUGGCUCAAUGCACCAGAGAUAUUAGCAGGACUGACUGCAGCAAGUGCUUGGAUGCUCAGUUGGGUGGUCUAGGAUCGACACUUUCAAAUAAAAGAGGAUGGGAGAUUUAUGGGAAGAGUUGCAGCAUGUGGUACCAUGACUACCAGUUCUAUACUAACAUCUCCACGACAACUGCAAGUGAAGGUGAGUUAAUUUGAUCACCGUAGAUCUUUUUGAUGCUAUUUGUAUUCGACCACCUCAAUCCUCAUAAAGCUGCCCAACCCCACUCUUGCCCUGAAGCCUAACCCCAAACCAUCCUCUAAACUAGCACAAAUUUGAUUAUUUAAGAUUGAUGGCAUUGUCUGAUAUUACUGUGCAAUACAGGUAAUAGAAGAUCGUUACAUGGUGGAAUCAUGGCUGGCAUACUCACAUUUA